AUGGUCUUAUACCUCACCGUCGUUGAGCUGAUCUUCGGUCUGGGUACACCAUUGCAACUGGACACCGAGAGCAUAAUCAUCGGUAUGUUCACGAAGAUCGUGUACGCCAUGCCCAGCAAUGCCACGGACUUCACGAUACCCGGAGUCUCCUAUUCCAGAACGCAAAAGAGCAGAUGGAGCAUCUACAAGAUGCUAGAGAAAAUGGCAGGAUUGUAUGGAUUCGGGGGAAAAGCUUGCGUGAUGAAGGCUAUAUGCGAGGCUGCGUCCGCGCCCUUCGACGACAAAUUCGGUUUGCUGGGACAGUUGCUGCAAAUCUUCUUUAAGCCGUCCAGCACCGCGGAGGAGUACGACGAGUACUCGGACAGGGAGUACCGAGCAGCCGAGCAUUUGGGCGAGCAGGUGUCGGGACAGAGCUGCCACGCCCUUUAUCCGGAAUGCCGCAGAAGUGUGCUCGACGUGUUUUCCACGGUGAUCGCGUGA